AGGCGCGAGGAAGUUCCGAGAAGACGCAUGCGCGCUCUGACUUCUGGCUCUUCAGAAUGGGUUCCCCGUUUCCUUUUCUGUUGCCGCUGUGGCUCCUGUCCAGCCCCAGGCUUCAUUUAGGACAUGCCCAGGAUCCUGCCAUGGUGCACCUGCCAGGUGGUCGAUUUUUGAUGGGGACAGAUGCUCCAGAUGGCAGAGAUGGUGAAGGGCCUGCCCGGGAAGUAACAGUAAAACCCUUUGCCAUCGACGUAUUUCCAGUCACCAAUAAAGACUUCAGGGAGUUUGUCAGGAAGAGAAAGUACCAGACUGAAGCCGAGGCAUUCGGGUGGAGCUUCGUCUUUGAGGAUUUUGUCUCUCCUGACCUCAGAAAGCAAGCCAGUCAGAUGCCGGCUGUUCUCUGGUGGCUACCAGUGCAAAAGGCAUUUUGGAGGCAGCCCGCAGGUCCCGGCUCCGGCAUCCGAGAGAAACUGGAGUUUCCGGUGGUACACGUGAGUUGGAACGACGCUGGUGUUUACUGCGCAUGGCGGGGGAAACGCUUGCCCACAGAGGAGGAGUGGGAGUUUGCAGCCCGAGGAGGCUUGAAGGGUCAGGUUUAUCCAUGGGGGAACCGGUUCCAGCCAAACCGCACCAACUUGUGGCAGGGAAAGUUCCCCAAGGGUGACAGAGCUGAAGAUGGUUUCCAUGGACUGUCACCAGUGAACGCUUUCCCCCCACAGAACAACUACGGACUGUAUGACCUCAUGGGCAAUGUGUGGGAAUGGACAGCGUCCACAUACCAAGCUUCUGGCCAGGACAUGCGUGUCCUGCGGGGGGCAUCGUGGAUCGACACCGCCGAUGGCUCUGCCAAUCACCGGGCUCGGGUCACCACCAGGAUGGGCAACACUCCGGAUUCAGCCUCAGACAACCUGGGCUUCCGCUGCGCUUCCAAUGCAGGCAGACUGAAGGAAGAUCUGUGAGCAGCCAGACAGAGAUGGAGAAAGCACCCCCUCAGGACUGUUUCUCCCUGACCGUAUUCCAGAGGCAGCUGGAUACCAAGCUCAGGGCCUUUUGAGCCCCUCCCCUCUGACAGACACCUAAGGGCAGAAGAACACUCAAACCCCAAGAAGGGACUGCUGUAGCCUGGGAGAUGAGGGCCUGGCUGUCUCUUAAGUACAGUAUUAAGGACAAAGGAACCAAAUGCUUCGAUACCUGGAGCAGUUCUCCAAAAGACAGCAUUUUAAAAUCUCUCCCUUUUUGCUUUCUCCCUGUCUGAUCCAGCUUUCACUUUUCCUGGGAAAUUCUGUAGAAGGGAGAUGCUUCCUUUGUGAGGUGGCACCAAAGCCUUAACCGCCGGAACCUAGCCUCGCUGUCCUCUGAAACGGGACACUCGGUGUGUGGCUCUCGAACUCUCAGUCCUCCUACCUCGGCUUCCUGAGUGCUGCUGGCAUCACACACAGGGCCCACUAGUAAAAUGCUCAGGCAGAGCAAAUGAUUUACGAGGCGAAGCUGUGCAAUGUGGGAGAACCAGUGUCCGUGCUCCUCUAGGAAGACAAAUGCCAGAAACUUCUCUGAGAGUUAAUCUGGGUACCCUGCAAACAUGUCCCUGAAGAACAGGAUCUUGUGAGGUCAAUAAAUUCUUAUGUAUAUCAGGAA